UCGUCAUGUGACCAAACACGGAAGUAAUCAUGCUGAUAUUGUCUACAUUUGUGACACAAAUGUAUUACAAAGUUUCUUUUCUUGUGCGUGUUUUCUUCAGGUGUUUGUGAUAUGCCAGACCAGCUAUGGUGAUAUGUUUCUUAAUCCACACGGUGUGUCCGGUGAGCGCGCUGUCCGCGGGCGAGAGUCGGAUACUGUAUGCGCGCGUGUUCGGACCGGAGACCGGAGCCGGUAAAUUCACACCGGAGCAGAGACGACUGAUGCACGUGGAGAAACUCCACGUGUUAGCGAGGCCGGUGAGGAGUGCUGUGGCUCAGAGUAGGGAGGCCUCAGGAGGUUUGUGUGUGGAGUCAGUGCUGGGUGAGGAGGCUGUGGCUCUGGGUGAAGCUGACAGCGGCGUGUUUUCCCUGGGCAAUGCAGAGCUCUUUCCAGAGCGGAGUCUUGUUCUGUGGCUUGAGGUUCAGUCUCUAGCGUUCACUCUGCUCUGUAGACCACACGAGAACCUCCUGCUCGCCGAGGGAGGGCUUCGCAACAUUGCACGUCACUGCCUGGAGGAGCUACGUCUGCUGGGACCUGGUGCUGAGGUGUUGCUGAAAAGUGAUCGCGUGGAUGCGUUGUUGCACAGAUUGCUUCCCCAUGGUCAGCUCCUCUUCCUCAACCACCGCUUUGACCUCACCCUGGAUAAAGAGAUAGCGAGCUACAUGAGCAAAUGAAACAGUGUGUGUACUGGCAUAACCAUGAGGAUUUGCCACAUAUUUAGAGAUUAAUAUAUAAACUACCUGAUAAAUCGAGGAUGUUCUGAUUUAAGAGAUUUGGAGGAACCACUUCUCCUUGCACCCACAAAGUGUAUUGUGAACUGUUUUUUCCCUUUGAAGAAACCAGAAGGCACAUGUUCUGAAACUUUAAUUGCAGUUUGACAUAUAUUAGAUGGAAGAAAGUCCCAACCUGCUCUAAAAAAGCAGCAGAGCUUUUGAUAUAUCAGUGAGAGAUUCUUUAGAGCUUAUUCAAGUAAAGCUCUUUACACAUUUGAUCUCUCAGGCAGAAUGACUUUGGAGUACCUGAUUAACUGGCCAUAAAUGGUCAAUUGAUAACAUUGUUCAGUGAAUUUCUUGUUAAUUAAAAUCUGAAUUUAUAUUAUCAUUGCUGUCUGGCUGGGUCAAAAUAAAACCAUCGGAGUAUAUAUAU